CCCAUCCCCUCCGCCGCCACCCGCACUACUCCAGGACGAGCUCCCAGCCGGCGGCCAUGGCGGAGGCCGCAACAGCAGCAGCGACGCCUCUCCUCCCCGGCCUCCUAGACGAUGUCUUCAUCUGGGAGAUCCUCGUCCGCCUCGACCCGAAAUCCCUCCUCCGCUGCCGCGCCGUCCGCCGCGCCUGGCGCCGCGCCACCUCCACUCGCCGCUUCCUCCUCGCCCACCACGCCCGCCAGCCCGCCUUCCCCAUUGCGGACGGCGACCAGUUAGUCCUCGGCGUCCACCUCCACGACAUCCUCGCCUUCGACCUCCGGGCCGCCGCUAAGGCCCACCUCCAUACCGUCGCCAGACUUGACCAGGACUUCUAUCUGGAGGCCUCAUGCGACGGCCUCCUCGUCCUCUCCACGUUUGCCAAGGGUGGAUCUGGAUGCUGCAUCUCUAUCUGCAACCCGGUCACGCGUGAGCAUGCCUCCCUCGCCGGGCCACCGUGGGACUUCACUGCCUUCGGGAUGUACCUCCACCGACCCACCGGCGAGUACCGCCUGUUACUGCAACGGGGGAGCAACAGGGACUCGCCUGAAGAGCAAAUUGACUGCUAUGUCUUUCCAUUGGGCUCCGACCAGCCACCGAGGUACAUCGGGUGGCCGGACAUGGAGUCAGUGGUCUUCAACUUACCUAUUCAGCUGCGUGAUAACCUGCAUUGGUAUCCAUAUUAUCAUCUGAGUGAAAGCGAACAAUUGCAGAGUGAAGGCAAACCUGUAAUAGUAUUUGACACGGUAGCUGAGUCGUUCCGGCAGAUGCAUGCUCCAAUUGUUCCCACAAAGUCAUACUUAUUUGAGAUGGAUGACACGAUCGGCAUCUAUUGCAAUGACGAUGACAAGAACACCAUUAGUAUAUGGGUGCUGCAGAACUAUGAAAGCGAGGUUUGGGACUUAAAGUACCGAAUCAGAUUGCCUGUUGAAGAAAUCAGGGGACAGUUUGAAGGUUGUAAUGACUAUCGGGAUGUUAACCUUUGGGAUGUGGACGUUGUUUCGGGGGAUGGUGGCGUGCUCUUGCUGGUCAGUUUUGGUCGGUGGGUGCUUCACAUCGACACUGAUGGCAAAUUGAUUGACAGUUUCUAUAUUGGUCUCCUAGGCCUCCGUAUUUAUGAAUGUCGGCUCAAGCAAAGUCUUGUUCAACAUGCCUUUUUUCCGGCUCUAGAAGGUUAUGUUGUGAACGCUUCGCCUUUCAUCUGAUGGCUGUUGAGCGAGAUGGUGCUUCUUAAUAGGCUAGCUGUCGUUUUUUAUGAGUUGCAAUAUCUAUGA